AUGGGUCCAUCCACCCUAGCCUGGAGCACUGACAACAUAACAACAAAUGGAAGUUACUACACUGAAAGCUUACACUGUGUCACCAUGGAUAAAAUCAUCAAUAUUCUUACUGUCAUCAUUGCCAUGGUUGGGCUAGCGGGAAAUGCCAUAGUGCUGCGGAUUCAGGCCUCCCACAUGCAAGAGAAUGAAUUCUCUGUAUAUAUCUUCAACCUUGCUGGGGCUGACUUACUCUACCUUUGCUUUCAGGCAAUGUAUGCCCUGAAGCAUAUCCUUCUUCUGUUUCAUACCUCCUACUUCAAUAUUCCCAUAUUUCUCAUCAAUGUAUUAAUCUUUGCUUACCUUGCAGGUUUAUGUAUGAUUGCAGUCAUCAGUGUUGAGCAUUGUCUGUCAGUUUUGUGGCCCAUCUCAUACCAGUGCCAAUGCCCAAGACACAUGUCAUCUGUACUGUGUGCACUGCUCUGGGCCUUCUCUCUACUGUUAAGCCUCCUGUCUGGGGAUGGUUGUGGCUUACUACUUAGUUAUUAUGACCAUUCUUUCUGUAGGACUUAUAAUUUUAUCACUGCUGCAUUUAUAUUAGUAUUAUCUGUGGUUUCUUGUGGAUCUAGCCUAGUCCUGUUGGUCAGGAUCUUCUGUGGCUCACAGAGGAUUCCUGUGACCAGGUUGUAUGUGACCAUUGCACUCACAGUGCUGGUCUUCUUACUCUUUGGUCUUCCCUUUGGUAUUAAUUGGUUCCUCUUAGAUUGGAUUAUGGAGUUGCAGAGAGUUUUCCCUUGCAAUGUUUAUGCAAUUACAGCUUUCCUGUCCUGUGUUAACAGCUGUGCCAAGCCCAUCAUUUACUUCCUUGUUGACUCCAUUAGGCCUUGCACGUUCCAGUAG